AUGUGCAAACACCCAACAAAAUUUACAUCAAAUGUAAAAUUGUUGCUUAUAUCCUGUUUAUUUCUGUUGGCAAGUGUGAAAACGACGCAAAUUUUUGAACAUGACAUAUUAGUUGAAUGGCCAUCAAACAAUGUAACGCGAAUAAAACGAGCGGCAACGGCACAAAAAGAACGAAUUUGGGAUUAUGGUGUGGUGCCCUAUGUGAUUGACGGAUAUGUUGGAUUUAGCGGUGAUCAAAAAGCUGAAUUCGUCGAAGCAAUGCAACAUUGGGAGAAUUUUACGUGCAUUAAAUUUGUGGAGCGCAAUGCAAGCAUACACGACAAUUUCAUUCGAUUCACCAAAUUGGAUUGCGGUUGUUGUUCGCAUGUUGGUAAACAAGGUAAUGGCGGUCAAAAUGUGUCGAUCGGUAAAAAUUGUCAUAAAAAAGGUGUAAUUGUUCAUGAAUUGGGGCAUGCAAUCGGUUUUUGGCAUGAACACACUCGGCCCGAUCGUGAUGAGCAUGUUAAAAUCUUAAGCGAAAAUAUUCUCACCGAUCACGAACACAAUUUUCUCAAAUUAACCUAUGCCGAAGUCGAUUCGUUGGGCGAACCAUACGAUUAUGGUUCAAUUAUGCACUAUGCACGGAAUUACUUUUCGAAGCAUAUGUAUGAUUCAAAAAUAUCAACGAUACAACCGAAAAAGGGAAAAAAUGGACGACGACCGCGCAUUGGUCAACGAGAGCAUUUGAGCCCAAGUGACAUUCGCCAAACGAAUAAACUGUAUAAAUGCCCGGCUUGUGGUGAAACAUACCUUGGUCCACAGGCAACGUUUACGUCACCCAAUUAUAAAUCGAGUUCCAGCAAAGAGUACCGAUGUGAAUGGCGAAUUUCGGCAACACAUGGUGAACGAAUUCUUCUAAAUAUCUCGGACUUCGACAUGUUUCAGUCGGCUUAUUGUAAAAGUGACUAUUUGGAGGUUCUGGAUGGCUAUUGGCAUAAGUCACCGUUACUCGGUCGAUUUUGUGGCCCAAAAAUUGAAAAGCCGAUGCUGAUUUCGACGGGAAAUCGAAUGGUUAUAAAUUAUAUUUCAGUACACAGUGAAUAUCGAGGUUUUUCUGCCAAAUAUGAAGCGGUUUGUGGUGGUGACAUAACAAUUGUCAAUGGAUAUAAGAUUGAAUCGCCCAACUAUCCGCAAAUGUAUUUGCCGAACAAGGAAUGUAUUUGGCGCAUCACGGUGCCACCGACCUAUCAGGUUGCAAUGGAAUUUCAUUCGUUUGACUUGGAAGUACAUUCAACCUGUCGCAAUGAUUUCAUCGAAGUUCGUGACGGUGACAGUGUAAAAUCGCGUUUAAUUGGAAAAUACUGUGGCAAUUCAUUGCCACCGAUUUUGGCAUCGACUAAAAAUAAAAUGUACAUUCGCUUUGUGUCGGAUGAAUCGACAUCAGCACGUGGUUUUUCGGCCGUUUUAUUUCAAGAGAUUGAUGAAUGCACACUGAAGGAGCAUGGCUGCGAACAAAAUUGUAUAAACACACUGGACGGUUAUACGUGUGCAUGUCGACUAGGCUAUAAGCUACGAUCGGAUGGAAAAACGUGUGAAGUGAAAUGCGGCGGAGUGAUCACAACACCGAAUGGUACCAUUCAAUCGCCAUCAUUCCCAUAUCCAUAUCCGGCGAAUGAAGAAUGUGUUUGGGAGAUUGUAUCACAGGAACCGAAUCGAAUUACGUUGAAUUUCACUCAUUUUGAAUUGGAAGGUAGUCAACUGAUGCAAGAAGAAUGUGAUUAUGAUUCGGUUGCGAUUGCGUCAAAAUAUCGUGACGGUCGCUUGGUGCGACAAGGUAUCUUUUGCAGUGAACUUCUACCACCGUCUAUUACGUCCGAAACUAAUGUAAUGCGCAUCAAAUUUCAAUCGGAUAAAAAUGUGCAAAAAAUGGGAUUUUCCGCUAUUUUCACAACGAACAUUGAUCGAUGCGCUGUGAACAACGGUGGAUGCAAACAUAUUUGCGGCAAUACGUUGAAUGGCAUCAAAUGUUCAUGUAAAAGUGGCUUUAUUCUACAUGAGAACGGACAAGACUGUGUUCCAGGUGGUUGUCGAUAUGAGAUUACAGCACCAGAAGGUAUAAUUCAGAGUCCAAACUAUCCGCAACACUAUUUUAAGAAUACAGAUUGCAUUUGGCAUUUUAAAGCGAUUCAUGGACAUCGACCGAUUUUGGAAUUUCAACAAUUUGAUCUGGAGGACGAUUAUGAUGAGUGUACAAACGAUUAUGUGACCGUGUAUGUCAGUGUGGAUCCAUUAAAACGAAUUUUUGUAGCUGGCGACAUAUUCACACUGGGCACUUAUUGUGGAUCAAUGUCAAAGUCGGAUUCAUUGCGAUUGCCACCGGUCAAACCAGUCCGAUCACCAUCCGAUGACCUUUUUAUGGCAUUCAAAACGGAUGCUAGUGCUCAGCGGAAGGGAUUUCAGGUCAAACACUCGACUGCAUGCGGAGGACAUUUCGAUGCAACAUCAACUACCAAAUAUAUUUAUUCACAUGCCCGAUUCGGCGAUACAUUUUACGAUAAUAAUACGAGCUGUGAAUGGAUUAUAAAACCAAAGCAACCCGGUAUGAGAAUUCAUUUGAAAUUUCUGGAGUUUGAUGUGGAAAAGGACCCGGAAUGUUUAUUCGAUUAUGUUGAACUUUUUGAAAUGCAAAGCAAUCAAGAUUGGACCAUUUAUGGCAGAUAUUGCGGAGAUGAUAUGAAAAUUGAAGUGGUCGCAUUAAGACGGUUGAUGAUUCGGUUUGAAACCGAUGAAAGUGACAGACAAAAAGGAUUCUCUGUUUCUUACAGCGUUGCUAAUGCGGCAACACUUCGAGAUUUUAACAGCGGCUCAACGCGAUUUACACGACUUCGAAAUGAUAUCGUUGAUUGAGAAUAAUAAUUAAAUUUUA